UCUGCCGUUUAUGUGUGAGAAGAUUACCCCUCCUGGUUCAAAGAUAAAAAAAUUAAUCUUAACGUUAAACGAUAAAAAAAAGUAUAUUGUGCACCACUCAAUUUUAAAGCAGGCUCUGAAGGAGGGUCUUGUUUUAAAAAAGGUGCAUAGGGUACUUCAAUUUGACCAAAGCCCUUGGUUAGCUAGCUAUAUUUCACUCAAUACGGAAAUGAGGAAAAAAGCAACCGACGAUUUCCAAAAGGACUUCUUUAAGCUCAUGAACAACGCAGUUUUUGGUAAAACCAUGGAGAAUGUGCGCAAUCGCAUGAAGAUGUCUCUUGUCUGCAGUCCUGCAGCUUUUCAAAAACUGAUAAACAAGCCUACAUUUAAGGGUGUAACGCAAUACAAUGAAAACUUGUAUGCGGUACACCUCCACAAGGCAGUUUUAACUUUUGAUAAGCCUAUUUAUGUAGGAUUUACUGUCUUGGAAAUCUCCAAGACUUUAAUGUAUAAUUUUCAUUACAAUGUAAUGAAAAAAUACUAUGGAUGUGACAUAGAACUGUUAUACAUGGAUACAGAUUCUCUAAUGUAUUUAAUUAAGACAGAUGACUUUUACCAUGACAUGCUAACCAAACCGGGUUUUCUGGAAAAAUUGGAUACAUCUAAUUUCCCGCCAUCUCAUCCGUGUUAUAGAACCGAGAGAAAAAAAGUUCCCGGAACUUUCACAGAUGAGACUGGAGGUGAAAUAAUCUCGGAACAAGUGGCUCUAAAACCAAAAUCGUAUGGCUAUAUACAGGUUGGACAUGAACAUAUUAAAGCUAAGGGCGUUGCUUACCAUGUAAUAAAGAAUCAUAUGACAUUUGAGGAUCAUAUGGAUUGUUUAUUCCAAGGUAUCAAUGAAAAAGAUCCUGCUGCAUUCAAUCCAUACCGUACGAUGAACUCAUUCCGUUCUUAUAAACAUAAUAUUAAAACCAUUUCAACCCUCAAGCUAGCGUUAAAUCGACAUGACGACAAGAGAGUUGUAUUACCUGACCGUAUACAUACUUUACCUUAUGGACAUUAUAAACUAAUGGAGAUGGCUGAAGAAGAAGAAGAAGAUGAAGAGUCUGGUGACAUAAUGCAUUCCAUAUCCAAAAUAGCAGAAGUCAUUAUGAAAAAAUAA